CCGUCGCAGAGACACUCAGAAGCCAACCGUGCCUCAAAGCAACAGAACCAAAGCAGCAGAAUCCAAGAUGCGCGCCUUCAUUGUUAUGUGCCUGAUCGCAGUCGCCUGCGCCGAUAAGCUCGGCUACAACUACCAGCCCGUGGGACACUCCAACUCCGGCCUGUCCUUCGCUCCUGGCAGCGGCAGCAUCGGCGGUGGCAGCAUCGGCGGUGGCAGCCUCGGCGGUGGCAGCCUCGGCGGUGGAAGCAUUGGAGGAGGACUCCCAGGAAUUGGAGGCGGUCUCGGUGGUGGCAGCAUUGGCGGUGGAUCCCUUGGCGGUGGAUCCCUUGGCGGUGGAUCCCUUGGCAGUGGCAGCAUUGGCGGUGGAUCCCUCGGAGGUCUGGGCAGCCUUGGCGGUCUGGGCGGCCUCGGUGGUCUGUCUGGCGAUUCCCUGAACGCUCCCCUCUCCUACAACGCCCCUGCCCCAGCUGCUGAGCUCGAGAAGGAGUUCUUCACCUACUCUGCCAACGAACAGGACUUCGAUGAGCCCCAGGAAUUGGAACGCGUCUCUAGCUCUGUGAACAAGGGUCUGCGCGUUGUCUUCAUCAAGGGACCCGAGAACCGUGGACUCGAGAAUGCUGCUCUCGCUCUGGCCAAGCAGGCUGCCCAGCAGGAGACCGCCAUCUAUGUGCUGAACAAGCAGGCUGACAUCGGAGAUCUGGCCAGCAAGCUGAAUGCCAUUCGCAGCAACACCAACAACAAGCCCGAGGUGCACUUCGUCAAGUACCGCACCCCCGAGGACGCUGCCAACGCACAGCGCGCCAUCCAGUCUCAGUACGAUCAGUUGGGUGGAUCUUCCCAGGCCACCGAUGGUGGUGUUGCCCCAGCCCUGAACUUCGCCUCCGCUGGCCCAGUGCGUCAGGCUACUGCCCAGAACCCCGACAACUCCUACCUGCCAUCUUCGGUCUUCCGUCGCCUGCGCUACAUCGCUCCCAUCCAAAUACAGAAGCAGUUCAUAUCUCGCAUUGAAAGAACCAAAAAAAGAAGCAGCAAAAUGCGCGCAUUCAUCGUCUUGUGUUUAGUGGCAGUCGCCUGCGCCGAUAAGCUCGGCUACAACUACCAGCCCGUGGGACACUCCAACUCCGGCCUGUCCUUUGCUCCUGGCAGCGGCAGCAUCGGUGGUGGCAGCAUCGGCGGAGGCAGCCUCGGCGGUGGCAUCAUCGGCGGAGGCAGCCUCGGCGGUGGAUCCCUUGGCGGUGGAUCCCUGGGCGGUGGCAGCAUUGGCGGUGGAUCUCUCGGAGGUCUGAGCGGCCUUGGCGGUCUGGGCGGUCUCGGUGGUCAGUCCAACGAUGCUAUCAGCGCUCCCGUCUCCUACAACGCCCCUGCCCCAACUGCCGAGCUCGAGAAGGAAUUCUUUACCUUCACUGCCAACGAACAGGACUUCGAUGAGCCCCAGGCUUUGGAACGCGUCUCUAGCUCUCUGAACAAGGCCCUCCGCGUCGUCUUCAUCAAGGGACCCGAGAACCGUGGGCUCGAGAACGCUGCUCUGGCUCUGGCCAAGCAGGCUGCCCAGCAGGAGACCGCCAUCUAUGUGCUGAACAAGCAGGCUGACAUCGGAGAUCUGGCCAACAAGCUGAACUCCAUCCGCAGCAACACCAACAACAAGCCCGAGGUGCACUUCGUCAAGUACCGCACCCCCGAGGAUGCUGCCAACGCACAGCGCGCCAUCCAGUCUCAGUACGAUCAGUUGGGUGGAUCCUCUCAGGCCACCGAUGGUGGUGUUGCCCCAGCCCUGAACUUCGCCUCCGCUGGCCCAGUGCGUCAGGCUACUGCCCAGAACCCCGACAACUCCUACCUGCCAUCUUCGGUGUUCCGUCGUCUGCGCUUCUAA